UCCAGGGGAAUGUUGUAGUGAAGUUCUGGAAUUUCGUCAAUUUUGAUAUGGUGGUUGUGGUUGGCUUGUGCUGGAAAUGCAUUGAAAGAAUCAAAAUGAAGCCCAUACCGGAAAUUGCUUGAAGUUGUCUUGUGCUGAUUUCUCUGGGCGGACUGAACCUUUUGGAGGGUUUCGUUCCUUUGUUUAUUUGCGGUUGUUGCUUGAGUUUGGGAAGCAUCCACGAGAUAAAAAGAGGGCUUUUAUGCCAUCUCAGUGAGACUAUUGUUCAUCCAUUUGGUUUGGCAUCCGCUUAAAACAAAUAGACGAUGGGCUAAAGCUGUCUGUUUGAACGUGUUAGUAUCCUUCAAUUUGAGGUCAUUCAAUGUCAGUUUCGAAGGCUUGCGUUCAGAUCCGUCCAUUGUGGGUGGGCUUUCUAACGCAAAGUGGUGUCGUACUAACCUACCGAACAAUGAAACUGAAGAAAUCAGAGACAUGGUUAACUUUUUUGUGCAACUAUUCUUGUUUUUCCUUUUGCCAUGGAGUACUUUAAUGGAAUUUAAAUUUUGAUGAUCUUUCUUUCUUUUCUUUCCUUUCUGAGUCCUUUUUUCAUAUGUCACUUACUGCCUCUUUUAUUCGGUUCUAGUCUCUCCUAAACAUGUCAUUGUCAAAGCUUAGUAGAAGAUAUCUUCUGUCCGCAAACCUUGUUAAGAUACCGCAUUCACCUCUUGGUUCUCAGUUCAAACAUGGGAUUCCUGGGCUAGGUUUCUGUCAUGCACGAUCUGUCUCUGGAUGUGGGCGACCUUCUGUUAGCGAUGUACGGUGCUUAGUACGAAGAUGCAGAUUUAGUACCUGGUCAACUAACAAGUCUUAUGAGUUUCCAAAUGGUUCUGUAUAUAGUAGGAAAUCCAGUUCUAUAUUCAGUACCCAUCGCUACUAUGCCUCGCAUGCUUCUUCCACAGAACAAAAAUCUCGAAAAAUGCUUCUAUACCUGACAGCUCUGGUCCUCGCAAUGGUGGGAGGUAGUUAUGCGGCUGUACCUUUGUAUAGGAGAUUCUGUCAGGCUACUGGGUAUGGUGGCACUAUUCAACGACGUGAGACUGUCGAAGAAAAAAUUGCCCGACAUGCUAAUGAUGGGACUGUCACCACAAGGGAGAUUGCGGUGCAGUUUAAUGCUGAUGUGGCUGAUGGGAUGCCAUGGAAGUUUACUCCCACCCAAAGAGAGGUAAGGGUCAAGCCUGGAGAAAGUGCUCUUGCAUUUUAUACUGCUGAAAAUCGCAGUUCAGCACCAAUAACUGGCGUUUCCACAUACAAUGUUACUCCCAUGAAGGCGGCAGUUUAUUUCAACAAAAUACAGUGCUUUUGCUUUGAAGAGCAGCGGCUACUUCCGGGAGAACAAAUUGAUAUGCCUGUGUUUUUUUACAUCGACCCUGAGUUUGAAACCGAUCCUAGAAUGGAUGGCAUCAAUAACUUGGUUUUGUCAUAUACAUUUUUCAAGGUAUCUGAGGACUGAUUGACUUGUGUUUACAGCAAAACUUGACAAAGUUUUGGACGGCAGUUACUUCGACAAAAGGCAGCUAGCUGAUUUAGAGAAUGCCAAGUAGACUGGCUUUAAGCUUGGACUGGCAUAAUCUAUUGUAAAACAUGAAUGUUGUACCCCCACCGGCAAUCUGUGGAUUCACUGCGGAGUUAACGUGGAACCAACAUUGUCGCUGGCAUUCUUCUUACCAAAAGAGCUACAAUAACAAGGUUGACUUUCAUGUUUCGGAAUGCGA